AUGUUUGCAGGAACAACAAAUGUUUUGAAAAGAACGACAAAAACAACUCAAAUGCAAAUAACUUCUACUGAAGGUACAACAUCAAUUUCAAUUUCAACAAAUAUUUCGAGCACAACUUCUCCAUAUAUUCCAUGUAAUCCAUUAAAAUUUUCAAAUUUUACAAGUUAUUCAGCUAAACGUGGGUUACGUGCAAUAAGUACUGGUUAUCUCGAUGCAGAUUCGUUUCUUGAUAUUGUUGUUGUUAAUCAAGAUUCUUCAAGUAUUGGCAUAUACUAUGGUUCCGCAAAUGGAAAAUUCCAAAGUGCAAAAUUAAUUUCCACAACUUCAUUUAUUACGUAUGUUGUUAUUAAAGAUAUGAAUCAUGAUAAUAAAUCUGAUAUACUUUUAACCGAUUGUAAUUUAAAUCAACUUGCCAUUUUAAUUAAUAAAGGCAAUCAAAGUUUUAAUUCAGCAAGAACUUAUCCCGUUGGAAAUUAUCCAAAUUGGAUUGAUACUGGCGAUUUUAAUAAAAAUAAUCUAACUGAUGUUGUUGUUGUUAAUGAUUAUGACGCUUCUGUUAUUGUUUUAUAUGAUUAUUAUAAUUUAUCAUUCAGUUAUUCUAAAACAUAUCCAGUUGGAAAUGAUGUUACAGCUGUAUCUGUUGCUGAUUUUAAUAAUGAUUUGUAUCCUGAUCUUGUUACUACUGAUUAUAGUGAUAAUACAGUUAGUGUUCUUAUUAAUUCUAAAAAUGGGAUGUUUAAAUAUAGAAAUGUAUUUGCUACAGGCAUUGGGCCAUGGGGUUUAGCCACUGCUGAUUUAAAUAACGAUAAUUUUAUAGAUAUUGUUAAUACUAAUUAUGUUACAGGCUCAAUAAAUGUUUUACUUAAUGAUGGACAUGGAAAUUUUAAUGGAUGGGAUACAUAUGAUGUUAGCUAUGGAACUCCAGCAUCAGUUGCAUUAGCUGAUUUAAAUAAUGAUAAAUUCAUUGAUAUUGUUACUACAAAUUAUGACGACUAUUAUGUUUAUAUUUUUUUAAACAAACAAAAUGGAAAAUUUCAAACAUAUCAAACAUUUGGUACCCAAUUGUAUGGUUAUGCUGUUACAACUGGAGAUUUUAAUCAGGAUGGAAAAAUAGAUAUUGCUCUUACUACUACUAGUAAAAAUACUUUAAAUGUUCUUUUAAAUCAAUGUUAA